UUCUGAAAGGGACAAAGGAGGGUGUGUACUGUUCAGUGUCCUCCUCCACUUUUCAUCCUUCCCUUUCAAAAGCGAAAUCCAAUCAAGUUUCAGUCUUUCUUUAUAUCUUUCUUUCUUCUAGAACUUCAACCGUUGGAUUCCUCUUUCUCUUCUACAGUUCCAUUACUUCCCUCCCUGAAGUACAACCCCAAGACACCUCUCACUUUCUGUAAGAUCUCUUCAACCCACCUUUGUCCUUUGUUCUCCCCCCUAAUCAUACUUUUCAAAAAAAAAUCCCUUUUCAUCUCCCAAAUUCUUCAACUACCCAUUAACUACAAGACUCCUGGAUGGGUUUCAGCAUUGAAGCUCAGAUGGUCGGAGCACAUAUCUUCAUAGGAGAGCUCAAAAUAGCAGGAUUUCAUACGAUUUAUAAACUGUACCUUGUUCAAUGUGGCCUGUUCUGCUAAUAAAAUAUUACUUAUUUUCUGACUGAGUCUUAUAGAUACUAAGAUAAGGCCAUGAGUUUUUUGUUUCAAAUAGCUUUCGUACAAGUCAACUCUGUUAACUAUCUAACAAUUGAAAAGAGUAUAUCCAAUGCUGGAUGAAACGGUUGUGCCUCUUCAUAUUAAUAGAAUACUGGGUUUUAUGAUUCACAGCUAGAUAAGAGAGUUGGUAGUUGUUCAUUUGUGGAAGUUUUCGGAACCCAAAAGGCCAUUAAUUCCUUGGUGUUCCACCAUUAGUCGUACUUGUCCUUCAAGUGGAUUCACACUUCACAGUUCACACAGAACGAAAAUGAUGCUUAACCCCACUUGAAGAAGAGAGAAAGUGUCUCUGUGAACUCUGAACAAAUGGGUGGUGUUCUUACCAUUAUUUUGCCCUUUUGGCUAUUGCUUCUGGUUCCUGAUCUCAAUGAUUCAUUUCCCUUAUGCAGGGAUGAGAGUGCACCUGUGACUAUUAAUACAACUCUGUCCUUUUGUCCUUACAAUGGAAGCGUCUGCUGUAACUCUGCCCAUGAUCGAAGAUUGCAGAAACGUUUCCAAUCGAUGAACAUUUCUGAUCCCACCUGUGCUUCUCUUGUGAAAUCGGUCCUCUGUGCGACUUGUGACAAAUUCUCGGCGGAUCUAUUUAAAAUUGAGUCAGGAUAUCGGACAGUUCCUGUUCUUUGCAACUCCAUGGCUUCAUCAAACACAUCCCAUUCUAACAAUGCAACAGAGAAUUUUUGUUCAGAGGUCUGGGAUGCAUGCAGAAAUGUCUCUAUAUUCAAUUCUCCAUUUUUACCCUUGUCACUUGGUGGCAGUGCAGUUCCAGUGAAUUCCACUUCCAAAUUGAUUGAUAUCUGGAAGUCAAAAAGUGAGUUCUGCAACACAUAUGGUGGGGAUACCACUGAUGGAUCAAUAUGUUUCGAUGGUGAACCAGUUUCAUUAACUAGUACUGGAACCCCAAGUCCCCCAAGUGGUUUGUGUCUCGAGCGAAUUGGGAAUGGAUCUUACCUUGAUAUGGCUCCUCAUCCGGAUGGAUCCAACCGUGUUUUCUUGGCUGAUCAACAAGGUAGGAUAUGGUUGGCAACUGUUCCUGAGGAUGGAUCUGGGGAAACAUUAGGGCUUGAUGAAUUAAAUCCCUUCCUGGAUUUAACAGAUGAGGUAUAUUUUAACUCAGAGUUUGGACUGCUGGGUAUAGCAUUUCAUCCAAACUUUACAGAGAAUGGUCGCUUCUUUGUUUCAUUCAAUUGUGACAAGGUAAAAUGGCGCAGAUGUGCUGGUACAUGUGCAUGCAAUUCAGAUCUGAACUGUGAUCCUUCGAAGAUUGGUACUGAUAAUGGGGCCCAGCCAUGCCAGUAUAGUAGUGUUAUCUCAGAAUUCACUGUUAAUGGUACCACUUCACAGAUUUCCUUGGCAGCAAAGGCCAAUCCAACAGAGGUUAGAAGGAUAUUUACCAUGGGCCUUCCAUAUACAACUCAUCAUGGGGGCCAGAUUAUCUUUGGACCCGCGGAUGGAUAUUUAUACUAUAUGAUGGGGGAUGGAGGGGGAACAGGUGAUCCAUACAACUUUUCACAAAACAAGAAAUCCUUGCUUGGAAAGAUCGUGAGGUUUGACGUAGAUAACUUCCCAAGUGCAACAGAAAUGGUCGAACUUGGAUUAUGGGGGAACUAUUCAAUCCCAAAAGAUAAUCCAUUCUCAAGAGACAAUGAAUCCCUGCCUGAAAUUUGGGCUUUAGGACUAAGUAAUCCUUGGCGCUGUAGUUUUGAUUCAGACAGACCUUCCUACUUUAUUUGUGCUGAUGUUGGCCUGAAUACAUAUGAAGAGGUGGAUAUUAUCUCAAAAGGAGGGAACUAUGGAUGGCGGGUUUAUGAAGGCCCCAACCUUUUCUACCCUCAGCAGUCCCCUGGAGGAAAUACUUCUGCCAACUCAAUAAACUCUAUCUUCCCAGUUAUGGGAUAUUACCACUCUGCUGUAAAUGGGAAUAGUGGAUCUGCAUCAAUCACUGGUGGCUACUUCUAUCGGGGUAUGACUGAUCCAUGCAUGUACGGAAGGUACCUUUAUGCAGAUUUAUUUGCGCAAGCCAUAUGGGCAGGUACAGAAAGCCCCCAGAAUAGUGGGAACUUCACUAGUAACCAAAUCCGAUGCGGUUGUGCUCAUGACUCUCCAAUUAAAUGUGAUUCUGCUGCUGGAAGUUCUCUUCCUGUUUUGGGAUACAUAUUCUCAUUUGGGGAGGAUAACAGGAAGGAUAUAUUUCUUCUAGCAAGCAGUGGUGUGUACAGAGUUGCUCGUCCUAGUCGUUGCAAUUAUAAUUGCUCAUUGGAAAAUGUUACAGCUGCUGUGAGUCCAGCUCCUGGUCCUUCGCUUCCCCGGUCAUCUGGGAUCCUUUUGAGUAACCAACAUAAUGGUCUGGUGGUGCUAGUGUUCUUUUCAUUCUUUAUUCUUAUGUAUUUUAUAUUGUGAGCUUUUAGCUGAUUUUAUUUUCCCUUUAUAGUGAAAUGUUGUAGGAACCUCUCUCUCUCUCUCUCUCUCUCUCUUGUGUAUAAUAUGGAGCAAAAUUUAUUCUAGAAUAGAAGAAGCCCCA